AUGCGGAAUUACAAAAGCACUUUGGGCCUUGUGAAGAGAAUUGAUCUCUCAAGCAAUAGAUUAACAGGAGAGAUUCCAAGUGAAAUCAUUCAUCUCGUUGAGUUGAGUUCUUUAAACCUUUCAAGAAACCGGUUAACUAGUCAAAUAACUCCAGAGAUUGAAAAAUUGCAGUCAUUGGAUUCUCUUGAUUUGUCAAGAAACCAGAUAGAUGGAAGAAUUCCGACAAGCCUUGCUCGGAUAGAUCGUCUUAGUUUCUUGGACUUGUCAUAUAACAACUUGUGUGGCAAAAUACCAACAGACACUCAGCUCCAAAGCUUUGAUCCCCUUGAUUAUGCUGAAAAUCCUCAACUCUGUGGCCCUCCACUUAAAAAGAUGUGUGCUGAUCAAAAUGAGCCAACUGACUUGAGCAAUGAAGAGGAUAAGGAUGAGUUUAUAACACAGGGAUUUUACAUCAGCAUGGAGAUUGGCUUUGAUCAAGCGGCAACUAAAGCUAGCACAUGCUUAAUGGAUAAGCUCGCGGAGAGGUUAACAUUUUUGCAUGUUCUCUGCAGGUACAUGGGUACAAAAGUCGGUAUUAGUGAUUUAGAUCCACUGAGAUGGCCUGGUUCAAAGUGGCGGAAUCUUCAGGUAGAGUGGGAUGAGCCUCCUGAAACGACCAUUACACUCUGGAUUCUUGGUUAA